AGCCAGUUCACACUGUGUCGCUGUCGCCCAUUACUGCUCCGUCGUCGUUCACAGCGACGCCAACGCUGCACCCAGACCCCGCGAGAUCCAGAGCCUAGCACUAGCACAGGUCGGGGAGGAAGAAGGUCCAGGACCCGCGAGGCAGGGAGGGGAUGGCGGGCAGCGGAGGCGGCGCGUACAGGGCGGAGGACGACUACGACUACCUCUUCAAGGCGGUGAUCAUCGGCGACUCCGGCGUCGGCAAGUCCAACCUGCUCUCGCGCUUCACCAAGAACGAGUUCUGCCUCGAAUCCAAGUCCACCAUCGGGGUCGAGUUCGCCACCCGCAGCCUCCAGGUCGACGGCAAGGUCGUCAAGGCCCAGAUUUGGGACACCGCCGGCCAGGAGAGAUACCGUGCUAUCACAAGUGCCUAUUAUAGAGGAGCAGUAGGCGCGUUGCUUGUGUAUGAUGUCACUCGCCGUGCUACAUUCGACAAUGUGGCGCGCUGGCUAAAAGAGCUGAGAGAUCACACUGAUUCUAGCAUUGUUGUCAUGUUAGUUGGCAACAAAUCUGAUCUUCGUCACUUGGUGGCUGUUUCAACUGAAGAUGGGCAGGAAUAUGCUGAGGCGGAGUCACUGUACUUCAUGGAAACAUCUGCAUUAGACGCGACAAAUGUAGACAACGCUUUCUCAGAAGUUUUGACUCAGAUAUACCGAAUUGCGAGCAGGAAGACGGUUGAUGCAGGAGACGACGGCUCAUCUGCCCCAAGCAAAGGGGAGAAUAUAAAUGUGAAAGACGACGUGUCUUCGCUGAAGAGAGCUGGCUGCUGCUCGAGUUAGGGUAUAGAUGCAUUAUUAUUUGUUGCGUUUUCUACUGGUUGGUGUAUCUUGUAUUGCAACAAAAUAGAUUUGUUGAUUCUCUCAUUUUGCUGCGGUUAUGGUGAUGGUUAGGUUGGUUCAGCUUUCACCUGAAAACUGUUAUGUCAGAUUGAUAAUGAUAUUCUGCAGUACUUUGCUUACA